AUGGUCAAAUCACUCCUCCUAGCCAUCUACGCCACGACUGGUACCCAAGCCCUCUGGCUAGCUGCCGUAAACAUGGAUUACGGCUCAGCUGUCGGCACUGCGAUAUUUAGUUCCCCGUAUUGCCAAGUCGGUAAGGGCAAUACUGAAGCAGAAGCCCUCUCCAAAGCCAGCAACACCGUAGGUGGCACUGCAAUCAUUGCUGGUGGUCACUGCGAUCAGCUUCCGUACCAACAUACCAACCAGCUUGGCGGAUUCUGGGACGAUUACGGAACGAUCAAUUAUGAGGAUGACAACUGGCAUUGGUAUUGCAAUCCUGGCCACACGAACAGGAACUCAUGCGACGCCGGGAAUGGAUCGCCGAAGAAGAAGAGAGCAGUGAAGCUCACUGCUUAG